AUGGGCUACGAUCACGCGGAGCAGAGAGAAUUAGACCCUCCCGUUGUUGCCUCGGGCUCGAGUUCCGGAUCCACCACGAGUGACAAUGAAGUCUUGAAAGAGGUUGACAGACCACAAGAAGAUGAUGUCCUGGAGACAGAAACUCUUGAUGAUGACGAGGAACGAGAGCCAGGACGCCGUCACAGAAGACACCAUGAAGGCGGCAUUCUCAAGCUUCGCGCCGCGGACGAUGACCUUCCUUCGGAUUGGUGGUUCGCAUCGACCGCUAUUCCUCUCAUUGCAGCCACCUUUGCUCCUAUGGCCAACAUGAUAUCCAUUGGUGCCCUGGUCGUCUCGUGGAGAAAUAACGUCGUUGAUCCGAGCGAUCCCAUAUACUAUCAAGCGACCUCGGUGGGCUAUCCGGAUCCCACGUGGUGCAUUGAUCUCAAUAUUGCUUCACUUGUCUGCGGCUUCGUCGGUAAUCUGUUUCUACUCUUCAAUUUCACCAAGAGAGUUCGAUACAUCGUCGCUCUUCCUUUGACCAUUGUACUUUUCUAUAUGGCCGCCGCUAUCUUGAUUGGCAUUACGGUCGCGAUGCACCUCCAUGUUCCACCAGGACACAACCAAGUAUAUUCUCAAGGAUUUUGGAAUGCAGUCAUAGCCGCAUGCCUCUAUAUGUUCAAUUCGAUGAUUCUCAUGGCCAACAUGGGUGGCUACUUCCUGGGUCACUACCCUCAGCACUUUACCCUGACGGACGAACAGCGCAACCUUAUCUUACAGACUAUGAUGUUCUUCAUUUGGCUUGGAGGUGGAGGCGCCGUGUUCGCGAGACUUGAAGGUUGGAAUUAUAAUGACGCCGUCUACUUCUGCGACGUGACAAUCUUGACGGUCGGCUUCGGCGAUAUUUAUCCCACCACCGACGUCUCGCGGGGAAUAGUUUUCCCUUUCUCUGUGGGUGGAAUCAUCAUACUCGGUCUUAUGGUCAGCUCAAUACACAAGUUCGCCGGCGAACUUAGUACAGUGAACGUGCUGCGGAAGCACGUUGAAAAGAGGCGCCUGUCCACUUUAUCAAGGUCUGUGACUGUUGAAGACUUCGAAGACCGCCGGAGGGAACACUUGGAGAACGAAAUCGAGAUGCAAGGCGAAAAGCUUCAAAUAUCCGCUCCUCUGCCCAGUCCACAAAUCCAGCGCGAUCUGGACGCGGCAGCGGCAAGGGCACUGGGACGAACGUCGCAGGACUUUGCAGAUCGGGACACUGCCGAGCAGAUAGCCGAUGGAAGCCGGGUUGAGAUGGAGGAUCUUGAGCCUAUCGACACCGCUCGAGAACGACAGACAGGACCUCAGAUCGCCUUUCAGAGUGCUGAUAUCCAGAAGCAACAACAGGAGGCCGACCAGGAACCAUCGCCCCAUCAAUUCAUGGGUCAUGACUUUCAUAAGGGACCUAUCCAUCGUACAUUAAGAUUGAUUACCAGACCCGUGACGACUUUGAGACGGGUGAGAACCAAAAACACGAAAGUCGUUCUCAUGCGCGAGGAAAGGGACCGGUUCAACGCCAUGCGAGACAUUCAAGAGGACGCGAGGUCCUUCAAAAAGUGGUUCGCUCUAUUCGUGUCUGUUAUUGCAUUUGGUACUCUAUGGUGCGUGGGUGCGGCCGUAUUUUGGCAAGCUGAGAAACCCACGCAAGGUCUCAGCUACUUUGAGGCAUUGUACUUCUGCUAUGUGAGUUUGCUAACCAUUGGGUAUGGUGAUCUGAGCCCGAAGAGUAAUGCGGGUAAACCGUUCUUCGUGUUGUGGUCAUUGAUUGCCGUUCCGACCAUGACAAUAUUGAUUUCGGACAUGGGGGAUACGGUUAUUUCAAGCAUCAAGCGCGGCACUUUUAUCUUGGGUGACAUGACCAUCCUUCCCAAAAAAGGUCUCUGGCAUGACCUACUCAAGGCGAACCCAUGGGUAUACAGCUGGAUAAACAAGAGAUCGGAGAAGAGUCGCAGAAAAAAGGGGCUGCCUGUUGGCCAGGAAGGUGACAGCAUGCCGCCAGCAUUAAGUAUUGAACAACUUGCCGCUGAGGAGCCAAGCACGGGAGAGCUGACGCAAAGACUUGCUUGGGCUAUUCGUCGGACAGCCGAUGAUCUUCAGCAUGCCCCCAGGAAACGAUACAGCUACGAAGAGUGGGCCGAAUUUACACGCCUCAUCCGUUUCACCAAGGAGGGACUUGCUCAGCUCGAAUACGACGAGGAGACCGAUGGAGUGGUUGACUGGGACUGGCUCGAAGAGAGUAGUCCCAUGCUGAGCGGUCAGACCGAGGCCGAAUGGAUCUUGGAUAGACUGUGCGAGAGUCUGCUCCGAUUGCUGAAGAAGAACAUGCUCGGAACCGACACUGCGCUCAGUGCCAGUGUGACAGAUUUUGCGACAUUCUCACCUUCGGGUCAACUGACAAGAACGGACACCGACUUGAUGUCCCCGACGUCCGUCAAGACUGAGAAGGGCAAAGACACCGCCCCAGAACCUCCGACAGCUAUACAGGAACGCCGGCGACGAGCUUCUGGAGCUGAUGCUCUUAUGACGUUCUUCACGGGCGAAAGGAGAGGCGACCAUGCGUACGCCGAGACCGAGCCUCAAUGGAGUCAUAGGGCUAUAGACAAGGCCAAAACAAGGCGCCGUAACAGCGACGGCCUCAAGGCUGUCGGAGGAGGAAGAGGCGGAGCUGGAGUCCGGACCUUGAAGAUGAGACAUUUGACGGGUAAUGGGAAGAGGUUUUCUCCAUCGACUGAUGAUGGGACGAGGUUUUCUCCGUCGACUGGUUAG